UGAUAUUACACAUACGAGAGUGCUGUUGACUGGAUUUUGAAAAGAAAGAAGCGAUUCUGAGGAAGCAUCUGAAACAGGUGUUGUCAUGACAGCAAGACUGGAAUGUUCAGGCCCGUGUGUCGCUGGUCGAUCCAUGAGGCUCUGUGUGCUGAUUCUGUGCUUGCUGCCUCGCUUUGGCUGGGCAGUCAGUUACAAACAAGGCGAUCUGGUGAUCCUGUACGUUAACAAAGUUGGUCCGUAUCACAACCCCCAGGAAACCUAUCACUAUUACACCCUGCCAGUCUGUAGACCUAAAGAGGUCCGUCAUAAAGCCUUGAGUCUGGGAGAGGUGUUGGAUGGAGACCGUAUGGCUGAGUCUCUUUACAACAUCCGUUUCAAGGAAAACACUGAGAGACAGAUGCUGUGCAAGCUCACUCUCUCUGAGAAAGAGGUUGAUCAGUUGCGAGAGGCGAUCGAGGAGCUGUAUUACUUCGAGUUUGUCCUAGAUGACAUUCCCAUCUGGGGUUUCGUGGGAUACAUGGAAGAGAGUGGAUUCCUACCUCACAGCCACAAGGUGGGGUUGUGGACACACUUGGAUUUCAAUAUAGAGUACAACGGCGACUCUGUGAUCUUCGCCAACGUGUCUGUGAAGGACGUGAAGCCGGAGCCAUUAGAGGAAGGCGGGGGAGGGGCAGGCCAUGGUGUCGGCAGCGGUGGUCUGACGGUCACUCAUACCUACAGCGUGCGCUGGUUUGAGAGUACGUUGCCCCAUUCGCGCAGGGCGGAGCGCCUUAGAGACUAUUCCUUCUUUCCUAAGACUCUGGAAAUCCACUGGCUGUCCAUCAUCAACUCACUAGUGCUGGUGGUGCUGCUGCUGGGCUUCGUCAUCAUCAUUCUCAUGAGGGUGCUGAAGAACGACUUCGCCAGGUAUAAUGUAGAGGAAGAUGGCAGCUGUGACGACAUGGAUCAGGGGGAUAACGGAUGGAAAAUCAUCCACACAGAUGUCUUUCGCUUCCCACCAUAUAAGAGCCUCCUGUGUGCUGUAUUAGGGGUCGGGGCGCAGUUUCUGACUCUGGCCACAGGAAUCAUUGUCAUGGCACUGCUGGGGAUGUUUAACGUCCAUCGUCAUGGUGCCAUAAACUCGGCAGCGAUUGUAUUGUACGCUCUAACCAGCUGUGUGUCAGGUUACUGUUCCUGCAGCUUCUACACACAGAUUCAGGGCCAGCGCUGGGUCUGGAAUAUUAUCCUCACCUCCGCGCUCUUCUCUGCCCCUCUCUUUUUCACCUGGAGUGUGGUGAACUCUGUUCACUGGUGGAGUGGAUCGACUCAGGCCCUGCCUGCCACCACUGUGCUUCUGCUGCUUGGUGCCUGGGUGCUGGUGGGUUUCCCCCUCACCGUCAUUGGUGGAAUCGUUGGAAAGAACAGAGCAGGCAACUUCCAGGCCCCGUGUCGCACACGUAACAUACCUCGCCAGAUCCCCCAGCAGCCCUGGUACAAACACACGGCUGUGCACAUGGCCAUCGGAGGCUUCCUGCCUUUCUCAAAAAUUAUUAUUAUUAUUAUUAUUAUUUUUUUUUUUACAUUUAAGAAAACAUUUUUAUUAUAUUAUAAUAUCCUGUUGUGUGUGUUUGCCAUCCUGCUCUCAGUGGGCGCCUGCAUCUCUGUGGCCCUCACCUACUUCCUGCUCUCAGGCGAGGACUACCGCUGGUGGUGGAGAAGUGUUCUUAGUACCGGCUCCACUGGCAUCUUUAUAUUUGUUUACUCUCUCUUCUACUACCACAAUCGCUCCAACAUGAGCGGCCUUGUACAGAGCAUUGAAUUCUUCGGAUAUUCCUUGCUCACUGCGUUUGUUUUCUCGCUCAUGCUGGGAACGGUCUCCUUCUGGGCUUCUCUGGCUUUUAUUCGUUACAUCUACCGUAGCCUUAAGAUGGACUGAGUUUGUUUCCUCUCAAGCUGAGCCCCUCAAAUGGGGAAGAGACUCAUGGACCAGGUCCUCAUGGAACCCUGCAUGUGCAGGUUUUGUGUUGCUGAAGUAUCAAACUAUCAAAGCUGUUUCUGAUGCCAGUCUUAAAAGGAAGGGAAUAGACAAUGUGACUGACUAAAGACUAAUUUUAUUUUAUUUUGCUCACCAACACCCUGACACUUAAUUCACAUAGAUAUAUAUAUAGUUGCUAGAUUAUAUGCACAUCAAAUACAGACGUAUUUGAGAGUCAUUUUGGAUCGUUUGUGCGGAAUUGGAAAGCUUUUCAUACUUCAAAUGUUGCAUACCAAGUAUCCAAGACUUGAAAGUUCCGUUUUGGAUUUUGUUAAUGUAGUGAACAUGACUAAAAUGAUUAAAUGUCAGUUUCAAAACAUAAUGGGAAAGAAUCAGAGGCCUUCAUACGUAUCUAUCAUUUCAAAAGACCAUUGAGGAGAUAAAGCACUUAUAUGUACUGUAGAUGGGUUUACUUGAUGAUUAUAGGUGGAUGUUGGUUAUAUGGAAGGAUAUUAUAAUAUUUGAGGUAAAGAGAUGUGUCAUAUUGUUUUCAAAGGGUGCCGUAUACACAUUUUGACCAAAAGAGCAAUUUUGGAGUGAAGAUUUAACAUGAGCAAGCUGAAGAAAUGAAGAAUUGAUUAUGGAAGCAAUACCAUGCUCUAAAGUCGCCAUCAACUGUGAUCUGUUGAAAUGUAAAUAUACUGUUUUCAAUAAAGUCACUUUUAUUACGGUUAGAGAAAUAAAUGUGGGUGAAAUGCAACAACGCUGGUGUCUAUCAUAUAAAUGUAAAUUGAAAAUGGCUGUGUAAAUUGAUUUCAAGCUCACUCUCAAACAUGUCUUGCCCUUUUGACCCUUGUUCUUAUACACCAGUGUUUCCCAACCUUUUUUUAGUCGUGGCACCCUUUGGAAAUUUUAACAAC